AUGGUGAAGAUAACCCAUUGGGUGUCGACAGCGGCACUCAUUCUGGGUGCAUCAGCUGCAGAUGAAGCUUCGUCUGUGCUGACUACAGAAAUUGGACGUCAAAAUAAUCAGAGCCUCUUUUGGGGUCCAUACAAGUCCAAUCUGUAUUUUGGCGUGCGGCCAAGAACCCCAGAUGCUCUAUGGACAGGACUCAUGUGGGCAAAGGUUGACAAUUACCAAGACAUUCAAAGUGGCUUCAGAUACACUUGUGAGCAAGGAGAAGAUAUCCAUGGCUAUGGAUGGGACGAGUACGAUGCCCGUAUAGGCGGUGUGCAAUCGAUUCACGACAAGGCCAACAGCAUUGAUUUGACAACAACUUUCGUCAAGAUACCAGGAGGCAGCCAUGGUGGAAGCUGGGCUGCUCGUGUCAAGGGCGAGCCUCGAGAAGGCGCCGCAAAAGAUACUAAAACCAUGUUAUUCUAUUACAUUGCUCAGGAUGGCGAAGGCGAGCUCGACGUUGAGGGCGAAGGUACUGAGCAUGGUUUUGAGGGAGAUGUCACUCUCAACGGCAACUCGAAGACCCUAGGAGAUUACAAGCUCCUUAUCACGAAGGGUACUGGAAAACACCCCACAUCAAACAACAAGUUUCUUGAAGAUCGACAUGGUGAUAAGACCAUUGUCUCGAGUCCUCAGGACGUUCCUGCGGACCAUACUUGGCAGGGAAAGCCUGUUGUUUUCCAAAAGCUUCAGGAAGCUGUUUCGCCGGUCCAACAAAACGCCGACCAAAAUGACCCUCCACCACCAUGGCAAGUGUACCGCAUUGCCCAUGCACCCGCCAAAGCCAAUGUCCAGAUCGUGGAGAAGACAUUCGAGGGGCCAUUCGAGUUUGAUGUCAUCUUCUCAUCGGCUUCUGGCGGAAAGGAGUUCACCUCGGAAGACGUUACAGAGCAGAUCAAGAAGACCUCCGAAACCUUCAAUGAGCGCUUCUCAAACACUUUCAAGUUCAAAGAGCCUUUCACUCUUGAGAAGUACAAGAAGUUUGGCAAGAGUAUGUUUUCCAACCUUGUCGGUGGAAUCGGUUACUUCCACGGCCAUCAGAUCAUUGACCGAACCUAUGCACCUGAAUACGAAGAGGACGACGAGGAAUUCUGGGUAGAAGCUGCGAAAGCUAGGAGCCGCAACAAGCCAGACCUCGAGGGCCCUUACGAGCUUUUCACCAGUGUACCAUCUCGUCCCUUCUUCCCUCGCGGAUUCUUGUGGGAUGAGGGUUUCCACCUUAUCCCUAUCGCCGACUGGGAUAUUGAUCUGACACUUGAGAUUGUCAAGAGCUGGUACAACACCAUGGAUGACAACGGUUGGAUCGCUCGCGAGCAGAUUCUGGGCCACGAGGCUCGUAGCAAGGUGCCUCCUGAGUUUCAGGUUCAGUACCCUCAUUACGCUAAUCCUCCCACUCUUUUUCUUAUCAUUGAGGGCUUCAUGGAGCGCCUUCGUGCAGCCAAUGGUACCAAGGCCGGGGGAAAGGAGCGCAUGAUGGGAGCGGAUCUUUUGCAAACUGCCCACCUCGACAAUAUCGAGCUCGGUGAGAGCUAUUUGCGAAAGCUGUACCCUCUUCUGCGUCGUCAGUAUGAUUGGUUCCGCAAAACUCAGCGUGGUGACAUCAAGAGCUAUGAUCGCGAGGCAUACUCCACUAAGGAGGCUUACCGAUGGAGGGGCCGUACCGAAACCCACAUCCUGACCAGCGGCCUGGAUGAUUAUCCUCGACCCCAACCCCCAUCCCCUAGUGAGUUGCAUGUCGAUCUCAUGUCUUGGGUGGGUCUCAUGACAAAGUCCCUUAUGAACAUCGCAGACGCCCUCGGUAUGGCCGAGGAUGUAGAUGAGUACAAGAAGAACUUGGACGGCAUCGAGCACAACCUCAACGAUCUCCACUGGUCCGAGAAGGAGGGCUGCUAUUGCGAUGCAAUGAUUGACGAUUAUGAGGAACACGCGCUCGUAUGCCACAAGGGCUACGUUUCCCUGUUCCCCUUCCUCGUCGGUCUCAUGAAGGCUGACGACCCCAAACUUGGCAAGAUUCUUGAUCUCAUCGGUGACGAGGACCAUCUUUGGAGCCCUCACGGUAUCCGUAGUCUGAGCAAGCAGGAUGAAUUUUACAACACUGGCGAAAACUAUUGGCGUAGUCCCGUGUGGAUGCCCAUGAACUACCUCGCCGUGUCUCAGCUUCGUAAUGUUGCAUCGCAGGAAGGUCCGUUCCAAGCCAAGGCGAAGGAUCUAUUUUCGCGUCUUCGCAAGAACCUUGUCGAUACCGUGUACAAGAGCUGGGAAGAGACAGGCUUUGCAUGGGAGCAGUACAAUCCGGACACGGGUGCCGGGCAGCGAACACAGCAUUUCACUGGAUGGACUAGUCUGGUCGUUAAGAUUAUGGCUAUGGAUGGUCCUAGUGAGGAGGCUCAUGCCAGGGACGAGUUGUGA